AUGAGUUGCAACAUUAAGGAGACUAUUACUGUGUCUAGCAAAGGCAGGAGCAGCGGUGGCAGCUGCAUCAUUGGUGGUGGUGGUGGAGCACGGAUUUCUUCCUUUGGCAUAGGCAGUGGCAGAGGUUUUUCUGGAAGGAGUUACUGCGGUGGAGUGAAUUAUGGAGGGGGACUGAGCGUUGGUAGCUUGGCUGGUGGGAGCUAUGGAGGUGGCAACUGCUAUGGCAAUGGCCUCGGGUUUGGCAUCGGAGGUGGGGUGGUUGUUGGGGGUCUUGGUGGCGACUGCUUGCUUUCGUCCUGCGAUGAGAAGGUCACCAUGCAAAACCUCAAUGACCGCCUGGCUUCCUACCUGGACAAGGUGAAGUGCUUGGAGAAGGAGAAUGCUGAGCUGGAGUGCAGGAUCAGAGAGUGGUACGCAACACAGGGCCUGUCCUGCGAGCCCCGCGACUACAGCUGCUACUACAAAGAGAUUGAAGAUCUUCAGAACCAGAUUGUCUGCGCAACCAUUGAUAACAACAAGAUCAUCCUGGACAUUGAUAACAGCAGGAUGGCUGCUGAUGACUUCCGUGUGAAGUACGAGACGGAGCUGGCGCUGCGCCAGAGCGUGGAGGCCGACAUCAACGGGCUGCGCCAGGUGCUGGACCAGCUGACGCUGUGCAGGUCUGACCUGGAGGCACAGCUGGAGUCGCUGCGGGAGGAGCUCUGCUGCCUGAAGAAGAACCAUGAGGAGGAGAUGAGUUGCCUGAGGAAACAAUCAACUGGAGAUGUGAGUGUGGAGGUCAAUGCCUGCCCGGGACCAGAUCUCAGGCAAAUCUUGGAGGAUUUGAGAUGCCAGUAUGAAACACUGAUAGCGCGCAACCGCAAGGAAGUCGAGGAUUGGUACGAGUGCAAGAUUGAGGAGGUGAAUCGGGAGGUUAUUACGAGCGGUCAGGAGGUGGAGACGUGCAACAACCAGGUGACUGAACUGAGACGCCAAUUGCAAGCCCUGGAAAUCGAUCUCCAAGCUCAGCUCAGCCAGAGAAAUAACUUGGAAUCAUCUCUGGCUGAAACGGAGUGCCAGUACAACAGUCUCCUCAGUGAGCUACAGAACCAGAUCACGUGUGUGGAGCAGCAGUUGGCUGAAAUAAGAGCAGAAAUAGAGUGCCAGAACCAAGAGUACAAGACCUUACUGGACGUCAAGUGCCGCCUGGAGCAGGAGAUCCAGACCUACCGGUGCUUGUUGGAAGGAGGACAGCAGGACCUCAUGUAA